AAUCUAAAGCAUCCAAAUCUGGUCUCACUACUGGAGGUAUUCCGGCGUAAACGACGUUUACAUUUGGUAUUUGAAUUCUGUGAGCUGACAGUGUUGCACGAAUUGGAGCGACAUCCGCAAGGCUGUCCGGAGCAUUUAACCAAACAGAUCGUCUACCAGACAUUGCAGGGGGUGGCCUAUUGCCACAAACAGGGUUGCCUGCAUCGUGAUAUCAAACCGGAGAAUAUACUGUUGACAGCGCAGGGACAAGUGAAGCUGUGCGAUUUUGGUUUUGCGCGCAUGUUGAGUCCUGGUGAGAAUUACACAGACUACGUGGCCACCCGUUGGUAUCGGGCGCCCGAGCUACUUGUCGGCGACACGCAAUACGGCACCGCAGUGGAUGUGUGGGCGAUUGGCUGCUUAUUUGCGGAGUUGGUGCGCGGCGAGGCGUUAUGGCCCGGUCGCAGCGAUGUAGAUCAACUUUAUUUGAUACGCAAAACGUUAGGCGACCUGCUGCCAAGGCACAUACAGAUUUUCUCACAAAAUGAAUAUUUCAAGGGCAUCACUCUGCCGGUGCCGCCAACGCUGGAACCGCUCGAAGACAAAAUGCCAGCUAAAUCACUACAAAAUCCGCUCACUAUUGACUUUCUCAAGAAAUGCCUGGACAAGGAUCCUGCCAAGCGUUGGUCUUGCGAAAAGCUCAUCAAACACUCAUACUUCGAUGAUUACGUUGCCAAACAGCGUGAACUGGAGCAUGUUAAUAGCCUAGAGGCAGCCGCACUUCAACGUCAGCAGCAAUUUGUACAGCAACAGCAACAGUUGCAACAACAUUUGAUGCUGCAGCCGCAUAGUCAACAAUUGCAACCACAAUCACAACAACAUACGCCGCUG